AUGAACUUCGCCCCGUACCAGGACGAGUCCCCGGAGACUGAGCGGGCCCUGUCGCCUCCACACCCUGACGGUCGCGUCAAAUCCCCCAACCUUCGGUCGCCGCGGGCUUCGGCCGACCUGCCAUCGCCGCGCCACUUCGUUGGAGGCGGAUACAGCAACACUGGCUUUGGACGAGAUGUGGAGGGUGGUCAUGUAAGCUUGGGUGCCUUUGAGACCAGCCUUCCUAUCCGCAUGGAUGUGGAAGCCGCACUGGCAUACCUGCUGCUGCCUCCGGCGGGAGGUCUAUUCUUGCUGUUGACUGAGCACAAAAGUGACUACGUGCGAUUUCAUGCCUGGCAGUCGAGCAUGCUCUUUGCGGUCAUCUUCAUAAUCCAUCUCAUCUUCGCUUGGAGCACCUUUAUCUCGUGGACUCUCUUUCUUAUCGACCUCAUCCUCAUGGGCUUCCUCAGCAUGCGCGCUUAUCGAGACGUCGACACCCUCGACCACUUCGAAGUUCCCUUCUUCGGCCGACUGGCUAAUUCUUUUGUUGAUAACGAAUAA